CUGAAAUGUGAGUAGAGGGACUGAAGAAACGGUGAAUACCUAAUACAUACUCGGUGCUGUAACUAGUGUAACUUGUUACGUAUUUUGCAUUUGAUUUAUUUAACAGGAAUUCAGUGUUCAUAAUGCUAGCAGAUUAUAGUUUAAACUUUAUGUUAUAUUGGAAACUUUUUGACAUGCAACUAGAAAUUUGACCGAAACUUUGUUAAAUUAAUAAAUAUACAAUAAAUGGAUUUGUUGAUUUCGGAAGUAAAGCGACUAUGGAGUUGCUAAGAGGAAGAGUACUAAAAAGAAUACGACAUAAAUAAGCAGGAUCGCAUUAUAAGAUGGGUUCUAGACGCGAAGCAGUUACAAUUGGCGCACUGUGCGUGACGUGGUACGCGUUAAGUUCUGCAAGUAACGUGGUGGGAAAGCUGGUUCUAACAGAGUUACCGUUUCCUAUGUCAGUCACGAUGGUGCAACUUCUGUCCACAGUACUUUACAGCGCACCAGCUUUUGCUUUAUGUAAUGUCCGCCGAGCACCCUCGUUUCCAAAGCAAUAUUAUUUGCGUGUACUUGUACCACUAGCAUUCGCUAAAUUUUUUACAACUAUGUUCUCACAAAUCUCCAUAUGGAAGGUGCCAAUUUCAUAUGCACACACAGUCAAAGCCACCACACCUCUGUGGACGGCCGGUCUGGCGUGGGUGCUGUUCGGUGAACGGCAGUCGGCUGGUGUGCAGGGCGCUCUGGUACUGAUCGCGGCCGGCGUGGCCGUCGCGUCCGCCACCGAGAUGCACUUCGAUGCGCUUGGUCUCGGAGCCGCCCUCGCCGCUGCCGCGCUGCUCAGUCUGCAGCAUCUGUACUCCAAGCGUGUCAUGCGCGACACGGGGGUACACCAUCUGCGUCUGCUGCAGACACUGAGCGCCAUGGCGCUGGUGCUCCUGGUGCCGGCGUGGCUGGGGCUGGAGGCAUUGGCGCUGGGCGAGGCGGCGCCGGCGCGAGGCUGGGCGUACGCGGGCUCGCUCCUAGUGCUGGACGGCGCGCUGGCGUGGCUGCAGGCCGUGGCCGCAUUCAGCGUGCUGUGGCGCGUAUCGCCGCUGGCGUACGCGGUGGCGUCGGCCGCCAAACGCGCGGCGGUGGUGGCGGCGUCGCUGCUGCUGCUGCGCAACCCCGCUCCGCCGCUCAACCUGGCGGGCAUGGCGCUGGCGCUGCUGGGCGUGCUGGCCUACAACCGCGCCAAGCUGCGCGCGCCGCGCCCGCUGCUGCCCGUGUGACCGCCGCUGGUGCUCCUCGGACUGACUCGGUGAUCUCCGUCGCAUCGAGCACUACGACGGACCCUCGCUAGCUCAAGUUGAUAGUAAUAAAAUUUCAUAGACAAAGUGUAGUGUAAUGUAAGACAAAUACUUAGGAGUAUGAAAUUUGUUACCAUAUUUUUACAUUUAAUUAACGAUUUGGUCGGCUAGUCUCUAAUGGCAUUUAUUUUAGUACAGCUACUCAUUUCAACUUUGAUCCUAUAGUAUUAUUUUAUUUAGAAAAAAUAAUUUUAGGAGCCAGUCUUUUAUCCAUAAAAUCCUUGCUACUUUUACUUGUCGUAAGCAUUAAUCAUUUUGUACAGUGUUGCUAAAAACAUAUGCCAUUCUUAAUAAAACUAUAAAAAAAAUGUAGUCAGUUCAAUCCAAGAAUGCGAGACACGCCCCACUAUAACAGCUAAUGUAAGCGGCUCACUUCACCAUAGCAGUUGGAAAAAAGAGUUGGGCGCGCCAUCGUGGUUGAACUACAUGUACAGAAAUUUAGUUAACAUGAAAGAAGUGUUGUUGUUAUAGAAAGUGUAAAGAUUGUCAAAUAUUUAGCUACUUAAUAUGAGAAAAAUGUCAGUUAAGUCUGGUAGCUGUCACAAAAGCAAAAAAAUGCCCUGAGGUGAAUGUAUAUAUAUAGUAUAUAUAUUUAUAGUAUUUAUUAAAAGAUCUUUAGUUAAUUAAUACAUAUCAAAGGCGAGAUUAUGUAGAUGUUUGUAAAUAUUUAUUCAUUUUUCAGAAUGAGGCAAAGUAUAUUUCUAGUGUUUGCAUUGAAUAUUGGUAAAAAGUUUCGCUUAUUUGUGUGAAACUGGAGUCAAAUGAAGUGAUAUUUUGAAUUUCGUAGCAGUAUAUUGUUUUGUUUGAUCAGAACACCGGCUUUCAUUGGUGGGCAGUGCCUCCCCCUCCCCAGGCUGCAUGUAUUUCCGUUCUUACAUUUUAAAAUAAAUGAAUGCAGACGAAAGUCUAUAAAUGAUGUAUAUCAUUUCUUUGUACAUUAGAAAGUAUAACACAUAAUUAAUGACAAUACUGUUAUUGUUAUUAUUAAUCUUGUCUUCUUUUAUUGAACUAAGUAUAUAUUAUUUACGUAUUAAUUGUCACCGAGUUAACAAUGUCAUAUUUUUGAAAGAUAUUGGGAUGAAGUUAAUAAAAAUUAUGGAGUAUUAUAUAAGAAGUGGUAUAUAGACGAGAUCCGGUAGUAUUUAUUAAAUAUCUUUGUUUUUUCAAAAGCCUGCAUAUAAAAAAUGACAUAAGGUCAAUUUGGGGAAGACCGUCGGGCGGGUAAGGCCGUACAGUAAGGAAUACAACUAAUUCUUAAUAGCUACCUACAUAGCUACAAAUACAAUACAAAUACAGGCACAAGGGACAUUAAAUCUUAGUUCCCAAGGUUGGUGGCGCAUUGGCUAUGUAAGCGAUGGUUGACAUUUCUUACAAUGUAAAUGUCUAAGAGGGUUGGGUGACCACUUACCAUCAGGUGGCCCAUAUGCUUGUCCGCCUUCAUAUUGUAUAAAAAAAAAAUAGCAGCACGAUGUACGAAAACGGUUUACUGUUCUAAUAUCUAUAAAUUGAAGCCCAGGGCGUUAGUUAAAACACAGAGAGGAAAAACUUCAUUUGAAAUUUAGU